AUAAGAAUUUGAAAGUUAUUAGUAAGCCAAGUCAUACUAAUUUACUAAUCUUAUCUGCUAGUUAAUAAUAGGUAUGAUAGUAUACAGUAGAGUUGUACAGUGUAUUUGGGAAGCGUUCUUUGUGCGGUCGGUUGUUCCUUGUUUCAAGUUUACUUGUAAAAUUAUACCAAGUACUUGUACCCUUCUGAUCCCUACCUGAUCCCUACAAAGUAUACCUACUGCAAAGUGUGUAAAGAGAACAAAUAUUGGCGGAUGCAUAGUUUAGCAAUAAAAAAUGACGUCUGUGCAACCUGAUGAAAUAAUGGCCAGUCCGGAAAAAAAUGCUAUCGAAGAUGGUUCCAUGGCUCCACCGCUCACUCCAAAUGUUCCGAGGCCGAGUACUUCCUCGUCCCAGGCGACGACCGUGGUACCCGUCAAUCCCCAGACGUCGAUAUCAGCUGUCGUACCGUCUAUAAUUGCUGGGAAAGAACUCCUGGAGCCUCAAUUACAAAAUGUUGUGUCAACGGUCAAUCUGGGAUGUGAACUCAGGUUGACCUACAUCAAUACGAGGACUAGAAAUUCAGAGUACAAUCCUGCCAGGUUCACAGGUCUAAUCAUGCGAAUACGCAAUCCUAAAGCAACAGCUUUGAUCUUUCGCUCUGGCAAAUUGGUGUGCACUGGAGCCAGAUGCGAAGAAGACUCGUUUUUAGCUUCUAAAAAGUUUGCCAGAAUAAUACAAAAGAUUGGUUUUCCAGUGAAAUUCAGUGAAUUCAAGAUACAAAACAUCGUGGCAACUGCAGAUGUAAAGUUUCCAAUUAAACUUGAAUAUUUGAACAGUAUGCAUCAACAGUUUUCCAGCUACGAACCCGAGUUAUAUCCUGGUUUGAUAUACCGAAUGAUCUUGCCGCGUGUUGUGUUACUUAUUUUUGUAAAUGGAAAAGUAGUGUUGACAGGUGCAAAAAAUCGCCAAGAACUAAAAGACGCAUUGGGAAACAUAUAUCCUAUACUAAGAAGCUUCAGAAAGCAGUAGCGUCUAAAUGUUAUUAAUUUGAUGUAUUUAAGGAUACAUUUGCCUACAAGACCAAUCUGUGUAUUUAUUGGCAUUUGUAAAUACUACAUUUGUAUGUAGAAAGUAUUGAAUUUAGUUAAUAAUAAGACAAUGGUUAUUUAUUUCACUUGAAAAUAUAUUUGUAUGUAUAUUUUUGGACAUUAUAUGAUAGGUAAAUUCUGCAUAUUCUUUGGUCAUAAUCUACAAAAAUAAAAUUCAACUGACAAAUACAA